AAACCAAACACAUCAUUUGAACCGAUCGUUGGCCAGACAUUACACUAUACGGUGGGCGCCAUUGUGUUUGACGACCGAACCGGUGAUGUGCUACUCAUCCAGGAGUCCAAAGCCAAGUGUCGCGGACUGUGGACGUGGCCGGCGGGCAAAGCCGAACCCCGGGAACCACUUCUGGAGGCCGUGCGGCGGGAAGUGCGCGAAGAGUCGGGCUAUGAUAUCGCGGUGACAGCGCUGGUAGUGAUCGAUAGCGAGAGUAACGCCGGGCGGGGAAAGGGUAUGAAAUUUCGGUUCACGUUCGCCGGCCGUGUAGUCGGCGGCCAACUCAAGACCCUAGAAGAUCGGGAAUCAAUACGUGCCAAAUGGUUUACCCGCCCGGAGCUGUUGGCCAUGGACAAUUUUCGCAGAGAUGGUACUGUGGACCUGAUUAACACUGUAUGGGUGAGUGAACGCCCGGCCCUCCAAAACGUACCGCCGGUGGCCAUACGGGCUCACAAUCAGAUGCUUAUGAGGAUUGUGUUGACAGUGGUCAAAGAGACCAAUCGUGGUAUGAUUCCCCGAUACGUGUUGGUCUCCCGGCGCCCGCACCCACACCUACCAGUCUGUGCCCUCCGCCGCAAAAGCCACCCAAACACCAUACUUGAUAUGUUUAUUAAGCAAGUAUUUGGCUCAAACGAUAUGUGCCAACACUCCCCAUCAGGUGUGCUGUCCAUUGAGCACAACGGUGUGCCCGUCCCGGCCCACGACGGCCUAUGCCUGACUGUGUUAGUGAAAUGCCGGGUGCCGUACGAUAAGGCAGUUCCCGCCGGUGAUGGCUAUGUGUGGCAACCGGUGAGUCAACGACUAGACAAACAGUUACAGACAUACCUCGAGAGUCCGGAGAUAACAUUGAUUGAAUGGUCGGCUGAGUAG